GAGCUGGGAAUUGACUUUUGGGGCAAUGUCUUCUAAGUGACCUGCCAUGUCACGAAGCUUGGUGUUGAUGGUGUCAACAUGGUUGCAGCUCGGGCGGGAGCGGUGAGCACGGCAUGGGUGUGGGUGGGUAUCAUCCCGGGCUUCCCCCCCCCCGCCCCCCUGCCAGUGCGGGCAGCGCGGGGGUCCCUGUGCGGCGGCCCUCACUGACCUCAAUCCCCCGGAGGAAGUGCGCAGGACUGGGCAACACUGUGCCGGGUUGCGGGUUGCGGGUAUCAGAUGACGGGAGUGGUUGGGUGGUGCUCAAUGCGGGAGCAUGGCCGUUGAAGACGGGAAUACGGAUGUGAUUAGUGUCGACUAUGAAAGCGUCUGAUGGGGAUAUCUUCGGGAAGUACAAUACCGCCC